GAUGAUUAGAGACUACGGACCCGCUUUUAUCAGUCGCCAUUUUACUAGCAAUGAGCGAGCAAUUGCUCUCCAUUUUAGAAGAUUGUUUCUUUUUUUCCUGUUUUGUGUAUUAAUGUUUGCUAAAUAGUGUACAGAAAAUGCACCGUUCGCUCGUUGAAGAUUUCGCCUGCAUCAGUAUGGCUAGUUCGAGUGGCAGAAGCGAGUCCCGCCGGCACGGGGCCACAUCCCAUUCGCUUUCGACGACCAUUCCAGCCAUCCCAUCGACGUCCUCGAACGCCUCAUUGCCACCUUCCCCGGGCGCCGGCACGCGUCGUCACGUGCUGUCCCACAUCAAUGACAUCUUCAAGUGUACGAUCUGUUUUGGCCGGCUGGAAGAUCCGCACCUGUGCCCGCAGUGUUCGAAGCUGUACUGUUACGAUUGCAUUGGCGAGUGGCUCGAUUCGGGCAGCAGCCAAAGCUGCCCGAACUGUAAGAUCACGCUCCAGCUCGAACAGCUCGUGAAGGUGCGUUGGUUCGACGAUAUACAGAAGCUGCAGCAGAACCUACACACGCUGAGCGCUUGCGAUGCGGAAGAAGAGAAGCAGGCUGAGAGGCCGCCAACCGGCAAAGGGACGGAGAACGAGCUGUGUCCGAUGCAUGGAAGGGUGGUGAACUUUUACUGUUCCACCUGCAACCAGUGCAUCUGUGAGGUUUGUGCGACGGAUGUGAUCGAAGGGCGGCAUCGGGACCACACGUUCAAGACGCUGCACGUGACGUACGAACAGCACCUGAGCGUGCUCGAGAACGAGCUGGAGAAGGUGGAACACUACCGGGACAAGCUGUCGCUGCUGCAGAACAAGAUCGAACGCAACGUGACGCUGAUCGGGCGGGUGAAGAGCAUGAAGCACAAGGAGCUGGAAGCGAUCAUGCUAUCGGCCAUGGAGAGUCUCGACCGGCAGGAGGAAGAGAAGCUGAUGAAGCUGCACGCCCACCAGCACAGUCUGCUCGGCCAGAUAGACGAGAUCGACCAGAAGCUGCAAACGAUGCGGUGCGAAAUGAUGCUCUGCAGCAAGCCGCAGCUCAUACAGAUGAAGCCGAAGAUUUUUGCCGUCUGUAACGCGAUUCGCAUGAACCCGAUCAAGGACUUCAAGCAGAUCCGGCUGCCGGCACGGUUGAAAAUCGAAAUCCCGAACCUGUACGAAACGGGCGUCUUUGUGGUGCAUAACUUUUCCACCUUCGACGACAAUAAGGUGGUGUACUCGAACGAGUUUUCCGACUGCUUUGGGCGCACGUGGCGCAUCAUGGCGUGGUGCGUGAUAGCGGAGGAUCACUUCGGCAUCUAUCUGGAGCUGGUCAAUGGAACGCCGUGCUGGAUGGAAUGUACCUUCCAGCUGAUCCAUUACCAUCCGGAGAAGACGAUCAGCAAGACGAUCCGCCAGUACUUCGAUCGAACGCCCCAGAAGGGUUGGGGUUUGCGUGAUUUCGUGACGCUGAAAACGAUUCUGGAGGAAGAGUAUCUGCAGGUGAAUGAUUCGCUCGAGCUGCUGUACAACAUCCGGCCAUGUUCACCUACCGCCGAACCGUCCGGGGUGCUGGAUGCCGAUGAAUCGCUGAGCGAACAGUGAACGGCCCAGUAGGAAGAACUUUUUUGGUUGCGUCCGUGGUUGGUUCUAGUGUGAUUGAUAGAGUGUGAUAAUGUUUGUGAACUUUCUCCUUUUUUUUAAAUGAUAUUGUGAAUUGGCCCGCUCCCGGGCAAGACUGACAGAGGUGGCGAUCGAAUUUUUUUUUAAACAGCAAUAAAAUAGACCAUAAAAUGUGCAAUCACA